GAGGCGCGAGGGGGACGCUGGCCUCGGACGCGGGCGCUGGGAGCCGGGUCUGCUGCUGGGCCCUCGCUGGCCCCGUCUCCCUGCCCCGCACGGGUGUUCGCCGGGGGACGCUGAGCUUUGCCUGCUGCCUUUGCCCGCGCCACGAUGUUCCCCUUCCACAGCUGCUGGAGAACAGGACUGCUGCUCCUGCUGGCUGUGGCCGUGAGAGAGUCCUGGCAGACAGAAGAAAAAACCUGCGACCUGGUGGGAGAAAAGGGGAAAGAGUCAGAGAAAGAGUUGGCUCUGCUGAAGAGGCUGAAGCCACUGUUUAACAAAAGCUUUGAGAGCACCGUUGGCCAGGGCUCAGACACAUACAUCUACAUAUUCAGAGUGUGCCGAGAAGCUGGCAACCACACCUCUGGGGCAGGCCUGGUGCAGAUCGACAAAAGUAACGGGAAGGAGACGGUGGUAGGGCGACUCAAUGAGACUCACAUCUUCAAUGGAAGUGACUGGAUCAUGCUGAUCUACAAGGGGGGCGAUGAGUAUGACCGCCACUGCGGCAAGGAGCAGCGCCGCGCGGUCGUGAUGAUCUCCUGCAAUCGACACACGCUGGCGGACAACUUUAACCCUGUGUCUGAAGAGCGAGGCAAAGUCCAGGACUGUUUCUACCUCUUUGAGUUGGACAGCAGCCUGGCCUGUCCCCCGGAGGUCUCCCACCUCAGUGUGGGCUCAGUCUUACUUGUUACGUUUGCAUCACUGGUCGCUGUCUAUAUCAUCGGGGGCUUCCUGUACCAGCGACUGGUGGUGGGAGCCAAGGGAAUGGAGCAGUUUCCCCACCUAGCCUUCUGGCAGGAUCUUGGCAACCUGGUAGCAGAUGGGUGUGACUUUGUGUGCCGUUCCAAACCCCGAAAUGUGCCUGCUGCGUAUCGUGGUGUGGGGGAUGAUCAGCUGGGGGAAGAGUCAGAAGAAAGGGAUGAUCAUUUAUUACCAAUGUGAUUGACUGCACUUAGUCCAGCCUCCUCAGUCCCCCAAACCAAAGCAUACUCAGCCAGUUUUCUCAAGCAGUCUCCACUUGUCUCAUCUCACCCUUAGCAUUCCUCUUGCUUUCCUGUUCGCUUUUGAUUUGUAUUCUCUUCCCACUAGAACUGCCUUCUCCCUGGUUCCCUGUUGUCUUUCCUCCAGCAAUACAGGUGUGAUACUAAGGCCUGUGAAGACAGGCUACUGGAUUAUCACUUGGUAUCAGAAAGUACAAGUAGGAUAAUGGGCAAAAGGGGUUGGCAGACUCCCUGGCCCUUUCUUUUUUAAACGCAUCUUUACGAGCUUUUGAGACACUGGAUUUCUUUAAUUAAAAAAAAAAAAAAGACAUUAUUUAUACAGGUUUGAUUGCUUUCAUGCCAUUACUCUGUACCCUACACUAGUCUCUAUGAGAACCUGGAUGUAAUUUCUUGCUGCUUGGAACUCCUUUACAGUGAUCACUUGGUUGCAGUCCAAGUGCUCCCAUAUGACCUGAGCCUGGGAUGUUCUAGACUUGCCUCUCCCACCUGUGGGAUUAAGACAGGAAAAACAGGAAAUUUCCCAACUACAGGAUUAUAGGAUGCACCACAUCAUUUGUUGGUGUUGGGGUGACUUUAUAGUUGGAAUUGUGGGCUUGUAGGUAUUGGUCUACAUGUAGCCAAAAUGCCUAAUUCAGAAAUCCAGGCCGUCGGGAAAGGGAAGGAAACUGGCCCAGCCUCCUGUGCUGCAGGGACUCCAAAGUCUCUUUACCUUGUGGUGGGAUCUCUUGUUUUCUUCCCCAUUUGUACAGUUUCCUUGUUCCUCCACCAGUAUUUCUAAACAUGCUGCACUUUCUUCACAGGCAUGUGGCUUUGACUUUUUUUUCUUCACUCUUCUGGAAAGGGAAUGGAAGCAGAAGUGGGACGUUUAGGGCUGUGCCAGCCUCUGCUCUGAGCAGAGUGGCUGCUGCACCCGUCCCUUCUGCUGGCUCAGGGAAGUGUCCCCUCACGUUUCUGUGGGGACGGGUUUUUAAUCCUCUGAUGCUCGCAUCUUUCUGUUGCUAUUUCUGUAUAGUGAACCUCUGGGCCACUGCAGAGUAACAUGGCUCCACUGGACACAAAAGAGGAACGGAAUCCACAGGCAGGGCCUUUUUUGUAAGCCUUUAGAGAGGCAAAUGAAAAUUCAUCUUUGGACUUUUCAAUACUAUUGGAAUGACUUUCUUUCUAAACAGGGAAAAUAAUGUUAUAAAAGCAUCUUUUUUGUUACAUGUUUGCAUUCCUCCCCCA